UAACUAUAACUAGGACAUCAUCAGCUAGUGUACAAACAUUCCCUUGAUGGUAGAGACAGACUGAAGGACCGGCGUAUUUUUCCCGGAAUUCCCAGAGCCUAGAUAUUAAUAGGCGUGUAACCGGCCGAUUCAAGUCAUUUCCAUGAUUGGAGUCGUACAGUGCGGUUGUCGUUAGAUCACAAAACCAUCCAUGAAAAUAACUGAGGUUCCCCUUGGUCGUCCAGGACCAGCUGACAUCGGCGUUGACUACAUCUGCCUGGAAUGGGAAAGUGCCGAGAGAGAUGACGUCACUCAUUAUGAGAUUCGGAUGAAAUUAGCCAGUGACGAAUCAUGGAACAAGACUAUUAUUCCAACGGAAGAUAGGCGACCGUCACAUCGUGUCGACGAUCUUUUACAAAAUACCGGGUAUGAAUUCAUGUUUAGAGCUGUUUAUCUAGAUGGCAGUACCAGUGCGUUCAGUCCCAAGAGUUUGGAAAUAAAGACGAAAUGCUCAGAGCAGCAUAAUGUUCUUCAGCGCUGCCUAAAGAUACAUGAGGGGCCGCCAAGUGUUUACAAACUUCCCCUUCUGAGGAUACACGAAUCAGAGGACGACAUGACGCGAAAACUUGUUUUCGGGACCUCUACUUCUCAUCGAGAGAAAACGAUACUGAUGAUUGGCCCAAGUGAAUCAGGGAAAACCACACUCAUAGAAGGACUUGUCAACCACUGUCUUGGAGUUAAGUGGGAAGACGACUUCAGAUUCGCAAUAACUGAUGAAACUUCUACUCACAAGGGGUCACACACCGAAUUGAUCACUUACUACAAAGUACAUCCAAUUAGAGAGAACGGCGACUUCAUUUUGAAUAUCAUUGAUACCCCAAGCCUGAAAGACAGUUCAAAAUCAACCAAGAAUAACCAAGAGCUUCUCAAACGCCUUCACUGGUUCUUAUCCACUAAACAUCUCGAGGGGAUCAACCGUGGAAUCCAUGCUGUUUGCUUCGUCACGCCCGCAAAUCCUGUCCAGUAUGACGGUAUCGACAACCAUUUACGCGACAUAUUCGACAGUAUAAUGUCAAUUUGCGGUGUCAACAUGCUGGAGAACGUUAUCCCAAUGUUAACGUUUGCCGAUGGAAAAAGUCCAUCCGUGCUAGCCAACCUCUCAGCGGUUGGUGUUCCGACACACCAUCACUUUGUCUUCAAUAAUUCGACACUCUUCCCUCCAUACUCAACAGACGCUCAAUUAGGGAAAACGUUUUGGCAGUUGGGAUCCAGAGGGAAUGAAGAAUUUCUUAAGUAUUUGCCGAACAUGAAACCUUAUCGAAUUUUCGAGAAUACUGUGGUACAAAGACCAGUCCUUAGGAAACCAGACGAAAGACAUGAGAUAAUUAUGCAUUUGAUAGGAAAUUACACAGAGAUUGACGUCAGACUCAAUAAUCUUCUGAGAUUACAGGCUGACAGAGACACCGUGAAAAGGUGUGCCGUAGACAUUGAGAAAGGUCAAACGCUUUCGUGCGAUGAUACAGAAUUUGUGUUAAAAGGAAUCCCGUUAAUGGACGGUGUUAAUAUCUGCAAAGAUUGCAACUCAAUUUGUCACUAUCCGUGUCGUAUCAAGACGAGCUGUGAAUUAUACAAGUGUUUCUCAAUGAAAGAUCAAACUUACUGCACAGCAUGCGAAGGUAAAUGUCACUGGAAGAGGCACAGGCUCUAUGAUCAUCAAAACUCCCGAAAGAUACAGUACGAUAUCCUGAAAGCAAAAUAUGAACUUGGCGUGGAAGAAAAGAUACCAGCUGACUACAUGCUACUGAGCAUCAAAAGGGCUUUUGUGUCUUCGCUGGAAGAAGUGAUCUCUCUGAUUUCAGAAACAGCCGAAUAUAGCAACGAGCUGCAAGGAGUUCAACAAGGCGAAAAGGACUUUAUGAUGCAUAUGAUCGACAGAGAAGAACAGGAAAAGGAACCUCGGUCGGAGAAACGCUUGGAACUACUGCGUGCUAUCCACAAAAAACCAACAACUUCCGUGGCUGACCCAAAUACUUGGCUGCAUGAAAUGGGAUUCGUCGACUGGUAAAUGUGUGUGGCACUGAAUCAUUGUGGUGUAGUCAUCAGGGAAUGGUCUUUUCCAUUUUCCCUCCAAUUUGAAUCUUCCAUAUAUUCAUAUAUUGUAGAAUUUUAUGGACUUAGUUGAUCUUACUGAUUUGAGCAGCUCGAUAUGUAUGUACCUUAUUUCUCUUUAGUCCAUGCCACACUUUUAAGGAACAUGACAUCAAAGAGCUUUUUGUGUCGCCUGAAAAAACGACACAUAUGUAUCACUAUGUCGGCGGCGGCGCAGUGGUCUCCGUGCGUUAACUUGAGUUCCUUUGGGCAAAUCAAAUUCAAACUUCAUAUAGUGCUUCCUUACCAACAGUGCUUGCUGCGGAUUGCUUUUCAUGUUCAAACGUCAAAGAUCAAGGUCACUGUUACUAUUAAUAGAAAAAGGAUUUCCAUGCAAUAACUUGAGUUCCCUUGGGCCAAUCAAACUCAAACUGGUUGAUUGAGAUUACUUUUGAGGUUUGAAGGUCAAAGAUCAAGGUCAAUGUUACUGCAUAAAUAGAAAUUGUUUUUCCAUGUGAUAACUCGAGUUUUCCUUAGCCAAUCAGGCUCAAACUUCACACAGUGCUUCCUUACCAAAAUUGCUUGCUUAGAUUGCUUAUCAGGUUCAAAGGUCAAAGUUCAUUGUUACUAUAAAUAGAAAAUAUGUUUGCUUGCGAUAACUUGAGAUUCCUUGCGCCAAUCAAACGCAAACUUGAUGCAUUGCAUUCUUACAGGAAGUGUUUGCUUGUUAAAAUUCAUCUUCAAGCUUGUUGCGCAGUCGACACGUCCACUUCCGUGGAAUUUUUGUCUCCAUAAUCCAACUUUAAAAUGAAUACAUUUUUUCAAUUCUUUAAUUAUAUGUUUCAAAAUAAAGUAUGGUUUUAUA